ACACCACUGCCACGGCAACGCCAGAUCCAAGCCGCAUCUAUGACCUGCACCACAGCUCAGGGCAACGCCAGAUCCUUAACCCACGGAGCGAGGCCAGGGAUCACACCCGCAUCCUCAUGGAUACUAGUGUGGUUUGUUAACCACUGAGUCACGAAGGGAACUCCCUCUGUGGUUCCUCUUAUGCAGGAGCCUCUGCCUGUGGGUGAAGCACUGGCUGGCGAACUCCGGAAGGGGAGGUCCGGAGAGGUGGUGCCUCCCCCCGCAGCAAAGCUCAGACUGCACUGUCCUCAGGUGGCAGUGGUGUCCUACCACUUGGCACAGACCUCCACGGGCCCUUCAUCGCUUGGCUCCACUGUGCUGUGGGGUAAGCGGCGCGGGGAGGGACGACGAUCUGGGCUUGGAAGGGAAACAGGAAAUCUGGCCAAGAAGCUUACGGCAGCUUUCUGGCAGAAGUGGAUCAACAUGGCCUGGCGGCUGACGCUCUUCGUGCUCCUGGGUUUGGUGGCUGCUGUGGGGGGCGCCCGGGCCAAGUCGGACAUGCUCAAUGUCUGCAUGGAUGCCAAGCACCACAAGCCAAAGCCAAGCCCGGAGGACAAGCUGCACGACCAGUGCAGCCCCUGGAGGAAGAACUCCUGCUGCUCAGUCAACACCAGCCUAGAAGCCCAUAAAGACAUCUCCUACCUGUACAGAUUCAACUGGGACCACUGCGGCAAGAUGGAGCCGGCCUGCAAGCGCCACUUCAUUCAAGACACCUGUCUCUAUGAGUGCUCGCCCAACCUGGGGCCCUGGAUCCAGGAGCCCCGGACCCUGUCAAGGCUGCAGCAGCUGAGACCCUGGGCUGACAGCAGCCCCCUGCCCCCCUCCCACCCAGGUGAACCAGAAGUGGCGCAGAGAGCGGAUCCUGAACGUGCCCCUCUGCAAAGAGGACUGUCAGAUCUGGUGGGAAGACUGCCGCACCUCCUACACCUGCAAGAGCAACUGGCACAAGGGCUGGAACUGGACCUCAGGGUAUAACCAGUGCCCAGUGAGCGCCGCCUGCCACCGCUUCGACUUCUACUUCCCCACGCCCGCUGCCCUGUGCAACGAGAUCUGGAGCCACUCCUUUGAAGUCAGCAGCUACAGCCGGGGCAGCGGCCGCUGCAUCCAGAUGUGGUUCGACCCGGCCCAGGGCAACCCCAACGAGGCGGUGGCGAGAUACUAUGCAGAGAAUGGGGAUGCUGGGGCCGUGGCCCAGGGGAUCGGGCCUCUCCUGACCAACUUGACGGAGAUGGUGAAACACUGGGUCACCGGCUAAGCUGUUCCCCCGCCGACCUCUGCUUUCCGCCCACACCCCCUGGGUUACUCUCCGGGUGGCCUCAGCACCCCGGUCAUUGGCUCCUGAUCUAAGAUCCGAUGGGGAGCCUCUGAUGGCCUCUUCCAAUACAAUAUCCACGUGUGC